GCGGCGAUUGCAGUGCGCGUUACUCCAAAAUGGCGCGGCUAGCGCUGUUAGCGACGGCCGGCCUGGCCACCGCCUUCGUCAGCAAGAGCGGCCCCGCGCCGGCGGUCGUCCGCGCGCCGGCACAGACCGCGAUGCAGAUGAAGCUGUAUGACUGGAAGAGGCGAGAGGCCGCCGAGGACGCCAGCGUCGGCGCGACGGAGUUUAGAGUGGACAAUAUCAAGCCCGCGCCGGGCGCGACCAAGAGAAAAAUGCGCAAGGGCCGCGGCAUCUCCGCCGGCCAGGGCGCGACGUGCGGCUUCGGCAUGCGCGGCCAGAAGUCCCGCUCGGGCCGGCCCAUGCGCGCGGGCUUCGAGGGCGGCCAGACGCCGCUCUACCGGCGGCUGCCCAAGCUCGUGGGCCGCCCGACGGGCCCGGGCCACCAGAACGAGGUCUUCUCGCUGAUCAAGCUCGAGCAGCUGGCUGGGUCUUCCCCCAACUCCGAGGUCGACUUCGCGAGCCUGCUCGAGGCGGGCCAGGUGACCAAGAAGAAGUACGACGUCGUCAAGGUCGUCGGCUCGGCGGGCGACGUCUCCGUGCCGGCCGGCCUCACGGUCAAGGCGCACGCCUUCACGGGCUCGGCGCGCGCGGCCAUCGAGGGCGCCGGCGGCAAGUGCGUCGAGCUCUCCAAGACGACGCAGGAGCCCGUCGAGGCGUAGGCGCCGCGGGCGGCCGCGUCAUGUUAUAAAGUACCGUUGCCCUUUA